CUCUACCCAGCACCUUCAUUUCACUUUCCCAAUUCGGACUCCAAAUCCAUCCUUAUUUACCAUUCAAUGCCACUCCUCCUCUUCCCCCCUCACUCUUCUACUCUUCUUCAAUCUCCGAUCUUCCAACCUCUCUCCUCCUUCUCUCUCCACACCUCGCCUGAACUCCAAGCUUAGCUUCACACCAGUGUCAGCGCUUCCGUCAAGCUCAGCCUCCGUCGUCUUCCAGCUCCAGCACUACCUGAGCUUUCCUUACUCAACAAUGGUGGUUCCACACAGCUCACCACUGUCCGAAACCUAAUCUUCCUCAGCUUUAUUGAGCUUCCACAGAGACUAAGCUAUAAUUAGUGAAGCGAACUCGCGAAUUCGUGGCCGCCGAGAUUGAUCGGCGUCGGUUCCAGAUCUAACGCCGGUGAGAUUCGUUGCCUAGGGUUUUGGAUAGCGAGGAGAGCACGUUUUGGCUGAAAGGGAUUGGUGGUUGGAAAUUAGGUGUUAGGGUUUAGUAUUUGUUUGAAUUAUUUAUUGUUUGAUUUUGGUGGAGAUUGGGCGUCGUCGUCGGAGAUAUGAAUCGGAGUUUUAGGGCUCAGGAGUCGCAAAUGCAAGCGGUGAUGAAGCAGAGGCAGCAGCUGAGGGCCUCAAUGAGGAAGGAGAAGGAAGAAGAGCUCGCUUUGUUUCUAGAGAUGAAGAAGAGGGAGAAGGAGAGGAACGAUCUUCUUCUCAACACUUCUGAGGAGUUCGAUGCGCCAUUAGGGGCUAAACCGGGAACGUCUCCGAUUUUCGAUAUAUCCUCAUCGACGCCAGCGCCUGCGCGCAAGACGGGAGCUGACGAGUUUCUGAAUUCGGAGAAUGAUAAGAAUGACUAUGAUUGGCUUUUAACUCCGCCUGGGACUCCUCUUUUCCCUUCAUUGGAAAUGGAAUCACAUAAGACCAUGAUGAGUCAGCUUGGAACCCCAAAGGCUCGUCCAACUGCACUCAAAUCUAGACUAGCGAAUCCCCAGCCAGAGCCUGCUGCUAGGAGCAACUUAAUGUCUAAACAAUCAGCUUCUUCCCCUGGGUUGAAUUCUUCUAGUUCAGGUAUGCGAAGGCCCUCAUCAUCUGGGGGUCCAGGAUCAAGACCUGCUACACCAACUGGACGCCCCACAGUGACUUCAGCUCCUAAACCUUCAAGAUCAUCAACACCUACUUCUCGAGCAACAUUAACCAAGUCCACGGUUUCUGCAGCUAAGCCCACAGUUUCUGCAACAAAAUCCACAAUCUCUGGAACCAAAUCCACAAUUCCUGCAACUAAAACUACAAUUCCCUCAAGAUCCUCUACACCGUCAAGGUCGACGGCAAGAUCUUCAACACCAACUGGCAGACCCACUGUUCCCCCACCCAAAUCUGUAUCAAGAGCAUCAACACCAACUCGUCGACCGUCCAUGCCAUCCAAUACACCUAGUAUGUCGGCUCCUACAUCAAAGUCCGCACCUUCAGUUUCAAAGCCAGUUCCCCCAGCAACAAGAAAUCCGGUGCCAUCACGUGGUCCAUCCCCGACAGUGAAAUCUAGACCAUGGAAGCCCUCGGAAAUGCCUGGAUUCUCGAUGGACGCCCCACCAAAUUUAAGGACAACACUUCCUGAUAGACCACUUUCAGCUUCUAGAGGUAGGCCUGGAGCACCCAGCUCCAGAUCUUCUUCCAUUGAGCCUGGUCCUCCUGGAAGACCAAGACGACAAUCAUGCUCUCCUUCAAGAGGAAGGGCUCCCAAUGGCAGUACUCAUAUUAGCGGGAGCUCUGUUCCUGCAUUCAGUCGUGGGCAUUCUAAAGUUAAUGACAAUGUGAGCCCUGUUUUAAUGGGAACAAAAAUGGUUGAGAGGGUAAUAAAUAUGCGGAAACUGGCUCCCCCCAGGCAUGAUGACAAACAAUCUCCUCAUGGUAACUCUGGGAAGUCAUCUUUAUCCCCAGACAGUUCAGGCUUUGGUAGAACACUCUCAAAGAAAUCCCUUGAUAUGGCUAUACGUCACAUGGAUAUAAGGCGAAGCAUUCCUGGUAAUUUACGGCCAUUGAUGACAAAUAUUCCUGCAUCCUCAAUGUACAGUGUGAGAUCAGGGCCUGCACGAAGCAGAACGGUCAGUGUUUCAGAUUCUCCUCUUGCGACCAGCAGUAAUGCUAGCUCUGAAGUCAGUGUAAACAACAAUGGCCUGUGUUUAGAUGUGAGUGGAGUAGAAGAUGCUAUUGGAAGUGAGAGAGAUGGUCGAUCUCCUGCCAGUGUGCAAGGUAGGUGAUGUCUUUGAGGCUUACAAUCUCACGAAAAGUGCAUCCCAGAUUUUUCAUUCUUUGUUUUGGGUUCUAAUCAUCUAGAUAAUCAAAAGAAAGCCAAUUUCCUGAGAGCUAACCAGAAUUGUGCCUCGAUGCUUAUUGUAAAGUUUACUGGAAAUAUUGGCAGCGAUGUUCAUGGAUUUGUAAUAUUUUAGGGAAUCUAGUAUUCUAGUCAUGUGCUUAACAGUCUUUCUCGGUCCAUUUUCUGCGGAUAGAUGUAUUGAAAAGUUCAACCGUGUUACUGA